CCCAACGUCUCUCGUCCAUGGCCAUGGAUCGGUGAGUUCUCUGUGCCCAUCUAUUCAGAUCAUUAUACGACUUAAUUUGGAUAAAGGUGGCGCCUAUGCUCCGUCUCUCCAAGGCGCUUCUGAGAUGCGCACCAAAGCUCAACAUGAUACAGAGAACGCAUGGCUCACAUAUGGCCAUUCCACACGACGAACGAUGCCAUCAAACAUCAACGGCACCCAAAAGGCCCACCCCCAUCCGUUUCUCGCGCCACCAUCCGUACCAUUGAUAUACGACCUGCGCUAUCCACCCACCUCUCUCCGUUUUCCAUCAUCAUCUCCAUUUGCGGGCUGCGGAUACGAAUUCCUCCGCGUCCCACUUACGCCAGAGCGGCCUAGGCUGAUACGAAUUACGAGCCCGCAUUUUCCCUGGGCGUUUGACAUCAGCCCAAGCGCCGGAGAAGCGGUUGUGACGUGUCUUGACGUUCUCUUUACUAUGCACGCCGAAUUGCAGCGCCCGCUUACAGACAUGGAGUGGGGCACUGCUGGAGACGAUAAACGUGCGAGUCUUAUCAGAGCACGUGACCGUCGUCUAUGGAUACAACUUGCGUUGCACGGGAACUCAAAUCCUGCGGCUCGCGAUAGACCCACAGUGAGCUUUGAGAGGCCUGUGCAGCAAGAGCCGCUGCUACUCCGUGUCGACUGGCUUGGAUCCAGCGUUGCAUUCAUGGGGCUUGUCAAGGAUGAGGCUUUUGAAAGGAGGAGAUUCGUUCCAGGUGGUGGGGAUCACCCUGAGACGUGGAUGGUGAAGUUCCAGAAAUUAUGACUGAAGAUUUGGAGAAAUGUACAAAAAUCUUACUAUUGGUUAUCUUUAUUUUGUGAAUGUUACGAAGUAUGUAGCACUGCUUAUAUUGAAACCAGGUAUUGAAGUCGUGCAAGUCAACA